CUCUCUCUCCUCCCUCCACCCCGCCCCAGAUCCAGCGCCUCCCCUCUCCUCCGCUCGUCUCCGCCUCCGGGGCUAGGGGUUCGCCUCCGCCGCCGCGCCCGCCGUCGCCGGAGACGACGAUCAGGGGCGGGAGGGCCAAGCGAAGAUGCUGACCAAGUUCGAGACGAAGAGCAACCGGGUGAAGGGGCUGAGCUUCCACCCGCGGCGGCCAUGGAUCCUGGCCAGCCUCCACAGCGGGGUGAUCCAGAUGUGGGACUACCGCAUGGGCACCCUCCUCGACCGCUUCGACGAGCACGACGGCCCCGUCCGCGGCGUCCACUUCCACGCCACGCAGCCGCUCUUCGUCUCCGGAGGUGAUGAUUACAAGAUUAAGGUAUGGAAUUACAAGACACACCGUUGCCUCUUCACGCUUCAUGGCCACCUUGACUACAUUCGCACGGUGCAAUUCCACCACGAGUGCCCGUGGAUCGUAAGUGCCAGUGAUGACCAGACAAUCCGGAUCUGGAACUGGCAGUCACGCACAUGUGUGGCUGUGCUCACUGGGCAUAACCAUUAUGUCAUGUGUGCAUCUUUCCACCCUAAGGAGGAUCUGGUUGUUUCAGCAUCUCUUGAUCAGACUGUCCGUGUCUGGGAUAUUAGUGCUUUGAGGAAGAAGUCAGUGUCACCUGCGGAUGACAUCCUGCGUCUCACCCAGAUGAACACAGAUCUGUUUGGAGGUGUUGACGCGGUUGUAAAAUAUGUGUUGGAAGGGCAUGAUCGUGGGGUCAACUGGGCUUCAUUUCAUCCCACGUUGCCACUAAUUGUUUCUGGGGCAGAUGAUCGGCAAGUGAAGAUAUGGAGAAUGAAUGACACCAAGGCUUGGGAAGUUGAUACUUUGCGGGGGCACAUGAAUAACGUGUCCUGUGUGAUGUUCCAUGCAAAGCAAGACAUCAUAGUGUCCAACUCAGAGGACAAAAGCAUUCGCAUCUGGGAUGCCACAAAGCGAACCGGUAUUCAAACGUUCAGGCGGGAGCAUGAUCGUUUCUGGAUUCUUUCUGCUCACCCUGAGAUGAAUCUUCUUGCCGCUGGUCAUGACAGUGGUAUGAUUGUGUUUAAAUUGGAGAGGGAACGUCCAGCUUUCUCUGUGAGUGGAGAUACUGUUUUCUAUGUGAAGGACCGUUUUCUUCGUUUUUUUGAAUUCACCACACAGAAGGAAGUUCAGCUUGCUCCAAUAAGAAGACCUGGAUCAGUGAGCUUGAACCAGUCACCCAAGACACUAUCUUACAGUCCAACUGAAAAUGCUGUCCUGAUUUGCUCUGAUGUGGAUGGAGGCUCAUACGAACUCUACAUUGUUCCCAAGGAUUCUGCUGGCAGGGCUGACUAUUUGCAGGAUGCAAAGAAGGGGGCUGGUGGGUCAGCUGUUUUCGUGGCACGCAACAGGUUUGCAGUCCUUGAGAAGAGUAGCAAUCAAGUUUUGGUGAGGAAUCUUAAGAACGAAAUUGUAAAGAAAAGCCCUCUUCCUAUUGCCACGGAUGCAAUUUAUUAUGCUGGGACUGGUAGCUUGCUGUGCAAAGCCGAAGACCGAGUGACCAUCUUUGAUCUGCAGCAAAGGUUAAUUCUUGGCGAGCUCCAGGCACCUUCUGUUAAAUAUGUUGUUUGGUCGAGUGAUAUGGAAUCUGUCGCACUGCUGAGCAAGCAUGCGGUGGUUAUAGCAAACAAGAAGCUCGUCCAUCGCUGUACACUGCACGAAACCAUUCGUGUGAAAAGUGGUGCCUGGGAUGAGAAUGGUGUGUUUAUUUACACUACCCUGAAUCAUAUCAAGUAUUGCCUUCCCAAUGGAGAUAGUGGAAUUAUUAAAACCCUCGAUGUUCCUAUAUACAUAACAAGGGUUAUUGGGAACAAUAUAUUCUGUCUAGAUCGUGAUGGUAAGAACAAGCUGGUCACAGUUGAUGCAUCUGAGUACAUUUUCAAGCUGGCCCUUCUACGCAAACGGUAUGAUCAUGUGAUGAGUAUGAUCAAGAAUUCCCAGCUGUGUGGGCAAGCUGUGAUUUCUUAUUUACAACAGAAAGGCUUUCCAGAAGUUGCCCUCCACUUUGUGAAAGAUGAGAAGACAAGAUUUAACCUUGCUCUUGAGAGUGGUAACAUCCAAAUCGCAGUUGCUUCUGCAAAAGAGAUUGAUGACAAGGAUCACUGGUACAGGUUGGGAAUUGAGGCCCUGAGGCAGGGAAAUGUUGGUAUUGUGGAAUAUGCAUACCAACGUACGAAGAAUUUUGAGAGGCUUGCUUUCCUAUAUCUUAUUACUGGUUACAUGGACAAGGUGGGGUUCAUGUGCAAAAUUGCUGGACAGAACAAUAACCUGAUGGGUCAAUUCCACAAUGCUCUGUAUCUUGGUGAUGCUAUGAAGAGAGUUGAGAUCCUAGAGAAUGCUGGACAGCUACCUCUUGCCUAUAUUACUGCUACCACCCAUGGGCUCACAGAAAUUGCUGAUAGGCUUGCCGCUGAGCUGGGUGAAAAUAUUCCUUCUCUUCCUGAAGGAAAAGCUCGCUCUCUUUUGAUCCCCCCUGCUCCUCUCACAGCCAGUGGUGAUUGGCCAUUGCUUCGGGUGAUGCGUGGUAUCUUUGAGGGUGGACUGGAUGCUACUGGGAAGGCUGAACUUGAGGAAGACGAUGAAGCUGCUGGUGCUGACUGGGGUGAUGAGGGCCUGGAUAUUGUUGAUGCAAGCGAAGCGAUGGCGAAUGGUGGUGACGGUUUUGAUGCUGAGGAGGGUGAAGCAAAUGAGGAGGAUGGCGAGGAAGGUGGUUGGGACCUAGAAGAUCUGGAACUUCUGCCUGAAGCAGAGACCCCAAAAAAUGCUGGCAAUGCACGCUCAGCGGUCUUCGUUGCUCCUCCACCAGGCAUGCCUGUCAGCCUGAUUUGGACUCAGAAAUCUUCUCUUGCUGGGGAGCAUGCAGCAGCAGGGAACUUUGACACUGCAAUGAGGUUGCUUAGUCGCCAGUUGGGCAUAAAAAACUUUGCUCCCCUCAAGCCCCUGUUUCUUGAUCUGCACAUGGGCAGCCACUCAUAUCUUCAUGCACUUGCAACUGCCCCCAUCAUACCAGUUGCUGUUGAGAAAGGUUGGAGCGAGUCUGCAAGUCCUAAUGUGAGAGGCCCUCCUGCACUUGUUUUCACCUUCCCACAAAUGGAAGACAGACUCAAGGCUGCCUAUAAGGCCACCACAGAUGGUAAGUUCCCAGAAGCCCUGAGGCAGUUCCUUAGCAUCUUGCAUACCAUCCCUCUUAUCGUGGUAGACUCGAGGAGGGAAGUGGAUGAAGUGAAAGAGUUGAUCGAGAUUGUGAGGGAGUAUGUUCUUGGCCUGAGGAUGGAACUUAAGAGGAAGGAGUUGAGAGAUGAUGUCAACCGCCAACAAGAAUUGGCUGCUUAUUUCACUAACUGCAAGCUUCAGAGAGUUCAUAUGAGGCUUGUGCUUGGAAGCGCUAUGGGUCUGUGCUACAAGCAAAAGAACUUCGCUACUGCAGAGCACUUUGCAAGGAUGCUUCUGGAGAACAACCCUAAUGAGGCCCAGGCAAGGAGGGCUCGACAGGUGCAGCAGCAGUGCAGUGGCAAGAAGGAUAGCUCUGAGCUGAACUAUGACUACAGAAAUCCAUUUGUUGUCUGUGGCGCCACAUAUGUUCCAAUCUACCGUGGCCAGAAGGAUGUUUCCUGCCCGUACUGUGGAUCCCGGUUUGUUCCUUCGAUCGAAGGGCAGCUUUGUACCAUAUGUGAGCUUGCCGUGGUUGGUGCAGAUGCUUCAGGCCUCGUCUGCUCGCCCACACAGUUGAGAUAAGUGGUGCUAAGGUAGAGCUCCCCCAUUUUCUUUUAGUCUCUUAAAAUUCUAGGGAUUCUCUAUCUCACAUUUUAGCUGCAUGUUUACUGAUUGAGGAGUGUAUACAUGGUCGUGUUUUUGUAUCUUCUCCCCCUCAUUUCCCUCGAUUUUUGUUUGCCUUGAGGCAGCUGUUACACUUGUCAUAUAUGGACUUUUGAUCAUCUCAUGGUGGCCUAUGCGCCUACCCCUGGACAAUUGAUGUACCAAUAUUACUUUCACUCUUGGAAAUUUUUUGUCGUGGUGUUACUUUCAUUGUCA